AUGUUACCAUCCGGCUUUGCUUGGAGUCACUGUGUUAAUAUUAUUGGAAAUGGAUGUGUUGUUAAUCUGCCAGAAUUAGUCGACGAAAUUAAAAGUAUGGAAUCUCGUGGAAUCGCCGAUUGGUCGAAACGGUUUUUUAUAUCGGAUCGAGCUCAUCUCGUUUUCGACUUUCAUAAGCAGAUUGAUUUAUUGUUGGAACAGAGACGUGGUAAGAAUUGGCUUGAUACAUCAAAGUGUGGUAUUGGACCGACUUAUGCAUCUAAAGCAAAUCGAAAUGGUAUUCGAAUGGUUGAUCUGAUGAGCAGCUUUGGGAUUUUUACCGAAAAGUAA